GCGUAUUGUGUGAUAAGUAACACAAUUACGGCGAUUCGCAAAAUACACUCAAAAUGCAAGUAUAAAAACACCAAUCUGAAUAGAAUAAAAUCAUUAAGCGAAAUGUUCCGAUUUGCCGUUCUUUGCUUGUGUGCGUCAGCUACCUGGGCGUUGCCCUCUUCACCAGCCCACUCAAAGGUCCUCCCCUCUAAGGUUCCAGGUGCUAGAAUUAUUAAUGGAAAUCAAGCAGCAGAAGGUCAAUUUCCUUGGCAAGUUGCUUUAUUUUUGUCUAGUAGUGAAAGCACUUGGUUCUGUGGAGGCAGCAUAAUCAGCGAAGAAUGGAUCUUAACUUCUGGAAAUUGCAUCAACGGGGCUGACUCGGCGACAAUCGUAAGUGGAUCCACGGAUGCUUAUGGAGGCGACGUUUCAGAUUCCUCUCGACUUAUUCUUCAUGAAGACUAUGACAACGAUCUUCUUGCCAACAAUAUUGGACUUAUCAGACUCAGGACACCUUUAAAUCUUGGUGGAAACACGAUUGCCGUCAGUUUGUCUUCUGAAGAACUUGGUGAAAAUGUUGGCAUUACGGUGAGCGGUUGGGGUUUAACUAGCGAUGAUGGAACUACAAUCAGCGACUCGUUGAAUUACGUUGAACUGGUCACCAUUUCGAACACAGAAUGUAAAAAUUAUUAUGGCUCGAUUCUACCUGAAAUGGUUUGUGCUGAUUCUCCCUCAUCUCAAGUCAGAAGUACCUGCACCGGUGACAGUGGCGGCCCAGUGGUGAUUAAUGCAGGUUCAAAUCCAGUUCACGUAGCAAUAGCCAGUUUUGUUAGUACCGAAGGAUGCGAAAGCGGUGCUCCUUCUGGAUACACCAGGACGGCAGUUUACAGAGACUGGAUCCAAAACCAUACUGGACUUUAAAAUUAUAAAUAGUUCUAAAAAUCUGUUAUUUUAUCAAUAAAAACAAAGGUUUAUGAACAAUU